UAUUUCUCAGGGAGAAAGAUAUUUAAGGGUUGGAAAAACAUUUGUGAAUGCAGUUAUUAUCAUUUAACUGAGAUCCAGAAAGGUAUGCUAUUUGCAUGAAGCCAAGAAAACUGGGCAGCUACACAAUUCCCAAUGGAGAACAACACAGAGGUAACUGAAUUCAUUCUUGUGGGGUUAACUGAUGACCCAAAACUGCAGAUCCCACUCUUCAUAGUCUUUUUUUUCAUCUACUUCAUCACUCUGGUUGGGAACCUGGGGAUGAUUGAAUUGAUUCUACUGGACUCCCAACUCCACACCCCCAUGUAUUUCUUCCUCAGUAACCUCUCUUUGGUAGACUUUGGUUAUUCCUCAGCUGUCACUCCCAAGGUGAUGGUAGGAUGCCUCACAGGAGACAAACACAUAUUAUAUGAUGCUUGUGUCACACAAUUCUUCUUCUUUGUAGCCUUUAUCACUGUAGAAAAUUUUCUUCUGGCAUCAAUGGCCUAUGACCGCUAUACAGCAGUGUGUAAACCCCUGCGUUACACCACCACCAUGACUACAAAUAUAUGUGCUUGCCUGACCAUAGGCUCCUACAUCUGUGGUUUCCUGAAUGCAUCCAUUCAUACUGGGAACACUUUCAGGCUCUCCUUCUGUAGAUCCAAUGUAGUUGAACACUUUUUCUGUGAUGCUCCUCCUCUCCUGGCUCUCUCAUGUUCAGGCAAUUACAUUAGAGAGAUGGUUAUUUUUAUUGUGGUGGGAUUCAAUGACCUCUUUUCUAUCCUGGUAAUUUUGAUCUCCUAUUUAUUUAUAUUUAUCACCAUCCUGAAGAUGCACUCAUCUGAAGGACGCAAGAAGGCCUUUUCCACCUGUGCUUCCCACCUUACUGCAGUUUCCAUCUUUUAUGGGACAGGCAUCUUUAUGUACUUACAACCUAGCUCCAGCCAUCCCAUGGGCACUGACAAAAUGGCAUCUGUGUUUUAUGCCAUAGUCAUUCCCAUGUUGAAUCCACUGGUCUACAGUCUGAGGAACAAAGAGGUUAAGAGUGCCUUUAAAAAGACUGUAAGGAAGGCAAAGGCCUCUAUAGGAUUCAUAUUUUAAUUAUAUAGAAUUUACAAUAAGACAAUUUCUUCCACCUCAUAUUUAUCAUUGUCUACUAAGUCCAGUAUUUGGGCUUCCUCCUGGAGAGUUUCUAUUGACUGUUUUCUUAAACAUGUGAUUGGCCAUACUUUCCUCAUUCUUUAAGUGACACAUUUUUUGUUGUUAAAAUCUAGACAUUUUAAAUAUUUAUUAUUAUUAUUUCAGUUAGCAUAUUCUCAAAAUCAUGUCUUCCCGCCCAUCUAGGCUUUGCUUUUAUUGGUGGUACUUUUGUUUGUUUAGCGAUUUUCCUGAGUUACUUAUGUUACUUCUGUAUUUCUUGUUGCAUGUAGUCACUGAAAUUUCUACUCAGUUAGGUUAGUGGUCAACUAACAAUUGGACAGAUAUUUUUAAGUGCUUUAAAUUGCUAAUUCUCUGAAGCCUUAUGCCUGGGGUUCGCGUAUGUGUGUUGGAGCAUGUUUGCAGCACUCCAGCAGUUUCAAUUCUACCUUUAAUCUUCACAGCCUCUUUGUGCAGAGCCUCAAGGUUAGCCACAAAUGAAACAUCAGGUCUUUCCUGUGCAUACAUAGGGCCUUGCCCAUGUACAUAUUUUUUGUAAUCCCCAGGAAUAUAUGGGAGCUUUUCAAAGCCCUCUAUGGAUUUCUGAUGCCCUCAUAAAUUUUUUACGAGUUUGGUUAGAUUAUUGUUUGCCCCAACUGAUAUUUACAUUUUCAGGCAAUUGCUGCUUAAUGCUUUGACAAACACUCUAGGAAUAAAAAUUUCUCACUGAGUGAACUGAGUCUGGUGAAAUAAAGACAAAAUUGUAAAUGGGGUUUUCCUAGAAAGCUGCCAAAUAGGUGAAACAGUGACAAUUCUCUGGGAAGCAGGGCCUUUAGCAAUCUCCAACAUUUUUUGUUCACUUUAAUGGUUAUUAGGCCGAUAGUUUUCUCAGCUACCAUAGUUCCAUGUGUGCUAGUUUUUAAGGUUACCACAGAGCUGGGGGAUAAAGCAAGUUAACAUUCCACAAAACUCACCAUCGAUACUGAGAUUCAGUCAUUGUUCUUGAAUGAAUACUUACUGAAUUGUUGCAUGCCCUUGGUUAGUUUCUAGAGUUUCAAACAUUUUUAUGAUAGACACUUUUGCUGGUGUUAUCAUUGCUUUUAUGGAAAAGCAGAUUUUUGGAGGUCCUUUCUUUGCCAUUCUGGAAAUGUUUAUUCAACACUUUUUGAAAUUAAAAAAAAUUUUUUUUGAUAGAGUCUCACUCUGUUACUCAGGGUGGAGUGCAGUGGGACCCUCUUGGCUCACUGCAACCUCCACCUCCUGGGUUCAAGCAAUUCCCGUGCCUCAGCCUCCUGAGUAGCUGGAAUUACAGGCUCACACCACCAAGCCUGGCUAAUUUUUUUGCAUAUUUUUAGUGGAGAUGAGGUUUCACCAUGUUGACCAGAUUGGUCUUGAACGCCUGGCCUCAAGUGAUCCACCUGCCUUGGCCUCCCAAAGUGCUGAGAUUACUUGCAUGAGCCACAACAUCUGGCCUUAUUCUAUCCUUUCAGAUUUAAGCUUCCUUUAUUAUAUCCUCUCUAAGAAAAUUAUUUAAUUUUUCAUAAUAUAUUAUAAUUUACAAUUAUAUAUUUAUCUGUGUUUUUUUUAAUCCCCAAAGAAUUUGCAUUUUUAUUUAUUAUUUUUUUUUCUUUUUCUUCAUUUUUUUUUUCUUUUUUUUUCUUCUUUUUUUUUAUUGCAUUUUAGGUUUUGGGGUACAUGUGCAGAGCAUGCAAUACAGUUGCAUAGGUACACACAGGGCAGUGUGUUUUGUUUGCUUUCUCCCCUUCACCCACAUUUGGUAUUUCUCCCCUGGCAAUCCCUCCCCACCUCCCCCUCCCACUGGCCCUCCCCUUUUCCCCCUAUAGACCCCAGUGUUUAGUACUCCCCUCUCUGUGUCCAUGUGUUCUCAUUUUUCAUCACCCACCUAUGAGUGAGAAUAUGCGGUAUUUCAUUUUCUGUUCUUGUGUCAGUUUGCUGAGAAUGAUGUUCUCCAGAUUCAUCCAUGUCCCUAUAAACGACACGAACUCAUCAUUUCUGAUUGCUGCAUAAUAUUCCAUGGUGUAUAUGUGCCACAUUUUCCCAAUCCAGUCUAUCAUCAAUGGGCAUUUGGGUUGAUUCCAGGUCUUUGCUAUUGUAAACAGUGCUGCAAUGCGUCCUCCCAAGCCUAAACCAGGAGUUUGUUUUUAAUGUCUCCUCAUUAGACCAAAGUCUAUUCAUGUAGGUACUUUUUUGUUUUGCUCUGUGUACUUUGGAUUUAACACAAUGGCUAACACCUAUACAUUUCAUAUUCAAAUUGCUGAAAACAAAUUUAAGAAGAAAACUAUAAAUACAUUCAAAGGAAAAAAGACACAUUAUAUACAGAGGAACAAAAACAAGGUUCACUGCAAUUUUCUCAUCAGAAACAGGAUAGGACAGAAAACAUUUGUCAAAUGCUGAAAUAAUAAAGAAAAGACCCUGUUAAACAAAGUGAAUAUAUUCAAAAAUCAGAGAGAAAUAAAGACAUUUUUCAGACACACAUGCUGAAAGCUCAUUGUCAGCAGCCCUUCACUGCAAGAAAUACUGAAGAACCUCUUCAGGCAUAAGAAAUAUGAUGCCAAUCAAUAACUUACAUUUGUGCAAAGAAAUGAAGAGCAGUGAAAAUGAGACAGACUGACUGCAGACCUACUCUUUUUGUAUUUUUAAUUCCUUUAAAAGGUAUUUGUCUAAAUCAUAAUAGUAAGAAUAUACUGUAUAUUUAUUUAUAGAAUAUGUAAAAGGAAAAUGUAUAAUAAUAAUAUAAAAUAUGAGAGUGCAUAAUUGUCAGUGUAUGUUUGCAACAUCCUUAAACUACUUGCAAAAUGGCACAAUAUUAUGAAGAAGCGUACUUUCAUGAAUUCCAGACAUAUAUUGUAAACUCUAGGGCAAUAACUAAAACAAUUUUUAAGAGAGGCAUUUAAUAAGUCAAUAGUGGAGAUAAAAUGGAAUCAUUAACAUAUUUAAUAAUUUAAACAGGAAAAGAAGACAAAAGAAACAAAGAAAACAUGGAACAAAUAGAAAAACACUAGGAAGAUUGUAGGGCUUUUUUGGUUUGCUAGUUUUGUAUUUGUUUUUUUUUUGAGACAGAGCCUCACUGUGUCACCCAGGCUGGAGUGCAGUGGUGUGAGCUCAGUUCAUGGCAACCUUUGCCUCCCGGGUUCAAGUGAUUCUCCUGCCUCAGCCUCCUGAGUAGCUGGGAUUACAGGUGUGUGCCACCAUGCCUGGUUAAUUUUUGCAUUGUUAGUAGAGACGGGGUUUCGCCAUGGUGCUUAGGCUGGUCUUGAACUCCUAGCCUCAAGUGAUUUUCCUGCCUUGGCCUCCCAAAGUGCUGGAAUUACAGGUGUGAGCCACUGCACCUGGCCUGAUGGUAGAUUUUAAUUCAUUGUGUCAAUGAGUACAUUAAAUAUGGUGUAAACUUAGCAAAUUGAAAAAGAGUGUUAGAUAUGUUUUUUUAAAAAAAGACCCACUGCAUGCCAUCUACAAGAAAUUUACUUUAAAUAUGAAGGCAUAAAAUUAGUUUACUUGAAAUAAGCCACUGAUAUACUGGAGCUUUUUUAAAAUUUUGUCGUUUUCUACUAUAAUAAACUACUAUUAUGAAUUGGUAUUUAAUAAGGAAGCCUGAGAACCGAGCCAAAUGUGCUCCUCUUUCGUGGCUUUUCUUUUUAUUUUCUUGCCCAGCUAAUUGAGUUGGAAUUCCUGUAGUGAACAUAGUUGAUACAACAUCAUGGCCAGUGCAUAAGCAAGUCAAGAUAACGUGAAUAAGCAGAGACACAGAAGGAUGUCAUUUCCCCCCACAUUUAAGACACAGCAUUACAAUGCUAUCUCUUUGAUGUUUGGUAUGUGGUGUCAAGGAGUCUAGUCAUGGCCUGUUAGGGAGGUUAAGGGAUAUGACAUGGCAUCUUAUAACAUAAAGCAGAAGUGGCAGUGGAACCUGAUAAGUUUCUCUCCACCAUCACUAUCCCUGCCUAUCAUGAAUGUGGGGGGUAUGUGGAGAGAGAGGUGACAAUCUUGGAUGUAUACAACAGAAAUAAACUCUGUCUAACUUAAACAAAAAAGAAUUUAUUGGAAGAAUAAUGGUGUGCUCCCAGAACCAAGAAGAAAAUUCGAUAAUUAGACUGGAAGUAAUUAGUUACAGGAAGUGAGAGUGCAGAAAUGAAGUGAGUAAUUAGUUACAGGAAGUGAGAGUGCAGAAAAUGAAGAUGAUGGUAAUGCUUACUUGAUAUGGUUGGUGGGAGCACAUAAGUUAAUAAAGUGCUUAAAAUAGAGCCUUGCAGAGGCAAGAUCAAACCACUGGAACAGUUUGGUUAAGACAAUUCUUCCAGUACAUUUACCCCUUCUAUCCUUUUGCACUAGUACCUUUGGUCACUGCUAUCAGUGGUGCUUUUAGUCAUUUGCUAAUGCCACAGGCCACAGUAUCCAGUACAAAUAAAUUCUAACUGUCCUGACUUCUGGGUGUUACUCACUGUCUACUGUUGACUGAGGCAAGUUUGUUUACUGGCAGUGAAGAUGUGAGCAUGGUAAGCAGAAUUACAAAAAGAACUGUUCUCAUUUAUAUAGCAUCCUACUACAGUUGCACUGUUCUUUGUGUUUUACAUAUCUUAUCUCAUUUGAUCUUGACAACUCCAUGACAGGUAGUAUUGUUAUUAUUACUGUUUUACUAAUGAGGAAAGUAUGGCUUAAUGACACUAAGACAUUUGCCCAUGUUCCAGGACAGUUUAGGCAGAAUCGGGAUUUGGAUCCUGAACACCAUUUUCUUGUUUGUUUCUUUGUUUUUGUGUUCUUGAGACAAAGUCUUGCUCUGUUGCUCAGGUUGGAGUGCAGUCACCAUCUCAGCUCACUGCAGCCUAUGCCUCCUGGGUUUAAGUGAUUCUCCUGCCUCAGUCUCCUGAGUAGCUGAGACUACAGGCAGAUACCAGCACACCCAGCUAAUUUUUGUAUUUUUAGUAGUGACAGCGUUUCACCAUGUUGGCCAGGCUGGUCUUGAACCCCUGACCUCAAGUGAUCUGCCCACCUCAGCCUCCCAAAGUGCUGAGAUUACAGGUGUGAGCCACUGUGCCCAGCUGAACAUUGUCAUACAGUUUUCCACUAGGU